AUGAACGGUCCAUCCUUGACGCUCGAGGUGUCGCUUGGCGCAGUCGUACUUGUCACGCUUGGCCUUGGCUGUCCGGACCAGCGAAGACGUUCUCGGGUCGUCGUUGGGCUGCUCAUCAAAUGCUACUGCAAGGUCUACAACCAACACCCGUUCGUGCGCUGCUGGCAGUCCAGGCGUGUUCCGCAGAGCUGGAAGGGUUGCGUGGUGCGCCUGCUGCACACGAAGGGCGUUCGGCUCGACCCAUCGAAUUGGCGGCCGAUUUGCCUGCAGCAGGCCAUAUACAAGCUAUACGCCGGUGUCUUGUCGCGUCGCUUCACGCGCUGGCUCGACGUCAACGGCCGCCACGCUGAUGCGAAGAAGGGCUUUCGAGCCAUGAACGGCUGCGGGGAACACAACUUUCUUGUAGCCAUGCUCGUCGAUCAGCCCGGCGCAAGCAUCAAGAGUUGCAUGUCGUGUGACGCAGCGUUUACAAUUGGUAACGAUGUUGAUGGGAAUACGGCAUCAAUCGCGUUGAAGUUGGGGGUGUUUCAAGGCUGCCCACUUAGCCCCCACGUCUUUAACGCCGCGAUCUCUCUGCUUCUCCUCGCGCUCAAUUCGCUGCCGGACACUGGUGUGAAGGUGUUCAGCGAAGACCGUCCCGGUGCGGCUGCUUAUGCAGAUGACUUGAAGACGUUCAGCAGUACUGUGGACGGCAUCAAGCGACAGCACGCCGCGGUGCAAGACUUCCUGCGGUGGACCGGCAUGAAGGCAAAUCCGCACAAGUACAGUACCACGUCGGUCAGCUGGACCGCCUCCAACUCCUACCAGUAUUUGGGGAUCGGGGAUGGCUUCGACCACGUGCACCGUCGCGUUGAGAUUGCAACAGCACCCACUCAGGUCAAGCACGACGCGAAGGCGCUGAUGCGGUCCGGGCUGGCGCCGUGGCAGGUGGUCAAAAUCAUAAAGGCGUACUUGUACCCUCGGGUUGAGUACCCCCUCUGGCACCUGAGAUCGUUUUCUCAGCAGCUGGAGGGUUUUGACCGUCACCUUGUACGCGGCCUUCGACACCUUCUACGGCUACUAACUAGCACUACGACAGCUUUCUUUUACGCUCCUGUUUCUCGUGGAGGGUUAGAGUUCUUACCCUUGACGGAGAUGUAUGGCGCUUUGCAAGUUGCGCACGGGUGGCAGAUGCUGCACUAUCCUGACCCUGCCAUCCAGCGCAUAGCUCACCAGCAGCUCCGUCAGAUUGCUGACUCAAGAUACAAGCAGGACGCUUUGGCAUGGAGGGACAGAGAGGAGGAGCUGGGCGAUCUCCUCCUCAACAGCAAGCUGGGGACGUCGGACCCAGUGCCGCCCAAGCGAGGAAAGGCUGACAUCGGACCGCUGUGGUUCGACGUCCGGGGUCACCUUCACCGCUUCAGCUACAAUCUUGAGAUGGCGCCAGCGGUAGAGAAGACGUGGACACCGGCGAAGAGAUUGGAGCUUCGCGUGCCCCACCAAGAUGGUUAG